CCUUCCUCCUCCUCCUUCUUCCCCUUUCACUCUAGUAGUCCAAUGACCAAUCAACCUCCGCAUCCACCACUCCUCAGCUUCAAUCCCUCUCCACAUUUUUAUGAAUGUAGACAUAGAUAUGUUUGUUAAUGUUUGAGCUUAGCUGUGGAUACCCAUUUGUAUCUUUUUCGAUCUGGUUUCUUAGUUGAUUCGUGACUGCUCAUAUUGAAGGAUUGCACAAGGCUGAUCUGAAAAAUUUGGCUCAUCAUUAGACUUCUAUGCUCCAUUGGAGCCGCACUUCUUUCUGUCCCCCCUGAAAAGGGUUGGGCAAUUUCAUUUUCUAAAUUCUUUGUAUGGAAUGACGGUGUAUGUCCGUGACUUUGAGCUCACCAAUCUGUUUCAUUCACUAUCUCUAGUAAGUGAACUGAUUUUUGCUCAUCAGAAGGAAAUAAGAAUGUUUUAAGAGGCUCUAGGAUACAUGGUGCUCUAUUGAGAAGCAGUCGUACGUACCUGCUUGAAACCUUAAAUACGUGAGGCUUAAUGAUUUCUGAUAUGCCACCAGCUAUGCCCCAGAGAGUGACAAGAGCGAAGUCAGUCAGGUCUUCUCUAGGAUCUAAUAAUGGAUAUGAGACUCCUCGCAUUUCCUUUGCCACCUCAGUAGGGGAUGGUUAUGAUAGUGAUGGUUCGAAUUAUGCUCCAUUCACUUCAACUACACUCCCAUCUGAUAUUUCUCCCGAACUUUCUGGUGCAAUGGCAUAUAUUGAUAGGUUUCAGGUGGAGGUGUUUCUGAAGGCUAUGCACAAGCAGAUUCAAUCUGCUGGAAAACGGGGAUUCUUUUCUAAAAAGUCAGUGGGGCCCCAACUUCGAGAGAAAUUCACAUUAGAAGAUAUGCUCUGUUUCCAAAGGGAACCGAUACCAACAUCCAUUCUGAAAAUGAAUGGAGACCUUAUUUCUAGGGCAGUUAAGAUGUUUCAGAUCAUUUUGAGGUAUAUGGGGAUUGACUCUGAUCGUGUGCUUGUUCUAAGUUUAGACGAACACAUUGAGCUCAUUGGAAAACUUUAUAAGCUUGCACUGAAGCGACCUGAGCUUCGAGAUGAACUGUUUGUUCAGAUUUCUAAACAAACAAGAAACAAUCCAGAUCGGCAAUGUCUGAUUAAGGCAUGGGAGCUAAUGUACCUAUGUGCAUCUUGCAUGCCUGCUAGCAAAGAAAUUGGUGGAUAUUUAUCAGAGUAUAUUCACACUGUCGCUUAUGGAGUGACCACUGAUUCUGAGGUCCAAGUUUUUGCAUUGAACUCUUUGAAUGCUUUGAAACUUUCUGUUAAAGCUGGACCUAGACGCUCAAUCCCUGGACGAGAAGAGAUUGAAGCUCUUUUAACUGGGAAAAAACUUACAACGAUAGUAUUUUUCUUGGAUGAAACUUUUGAGGAAAUUACAUAUGACAUGGCCACCACUGUUGCUGAUGCUGUUGAGGAGCUUGCAGGGAUAAUUAAGCUCUCAACAUUUUCUGGCUUUAGUCUCUUUGAAUGUCGUAAAGUUGUUACUGGUUCUAAAGUGCCAGAUCCUGGAAAUGAGGAGUACAUUGGUCUCGAUGAUAACGUGUAUAUUGGAGACCUAUUGGCUGACUUCAAGGCAUCCAAGGACAAGAGUAAAGGAGAGAUUGUCCAUUGCAAAUUGGUAUUCAAAAAAAAGUUAUUUCGGGAGUCCGAUGAGGCUGUAACAGACCCAAUGUUCACCCAACUCUCUUAUGUUCAAUUGCAACAUGAUUAUAUACGUGGGAAUUAUCCUGUUGGUAGAGAUGAUGCUGCACAGCUAUCUGCUUUGCAGAUAUUAGUUGAAAUUGGGUUUGAUACUGGCCCUGAUUCGUGCACUGAUUGGCAAUCACUUCUAGAGCGGUUCCUACCUAGACAAAUUGCAAUUGCUCGUGCUAGAAGGGAGUGGGAAUUGGAUAUCAGUUCUCGAUACCAGUCGAUGGAAAAGCUGACUAAAGAUGACGCUAGAGAACAAUUUUUGCGGAUCUUGAAAACUCUCCCUUAUGGAAAUUCAGUUUUCUUUGCUGUUCGGAAGAUUGACGAUCCAAUUGGACUCUUGCCAGGAAGAAUAGUAUUGGGCAUAAACAAGCGAGGGGUUCAUUUCUUCCGUCCAGUUCCAAAGGAAUAUUUGCACUCAGCUGAGCUUAGGGACAUCAUGCAAUUUGGUAGCAGUAACGCUGCUGUAUUUUUUAAGAUGAGAGUUGCUGGUGUCUUGCAUAUUUUUCAGUUUGAAACAAAGCAGGGAGAAGAAAUAUGUGUUGCCCUUCAAACACAUAUCAACGAUGUAAUGUUACGUCGUUAUUCGAAAACUCGCUCUGCUUCAACUGGAUCAGUUAAUGGAGAUCUUCCAAAUACAGCCAAGACACCUACCAUGGAUUCUUAUAAAGAAAAACGUAUUGAUGAAUUGACCAGAGCCCUUGAAGAAUCCAGACAGAAGAUUAAUGAAUUGCUAGAAGAUUCAAAAGAAAGAGAAAAACAAGAAUUGAAAAUCAAAGAAGAGAUAGAAAGCUUGAAAGGUAACCUGAGAUCAGAGAAGCAAAGUUUUGCAGCGGUGGCUUGUGACCGUGAUAAGUUCAAGUCAUUAUAUGAGGAAAAAGAUUCAGAACUACAGGCUUCUCUAGCAGAGAAGCAGGUCUUGGAAAGAAGACUUGAAAAAUUGAAUCCUCUUGGAUUGGAGAACAAUAUCAAAAAGGAAUCUGUGGAGACUAAUAACCAGGUCUUGAGUAAAAUCCAAGAUGAGUUGAAAGCUCGCCUUGUGGACUUGCGUGCUGCAGAAGAAACCAAGAGAAAGCUUUUGAAUGAAAAGGUGAAAUUACAGGAAAAAGUUAUAAAGCUUGAACAGGAGAAAAGUGACAAGAAAAGCUUUGAACAUGAAUGCAAGACAUUAACUCUUCAAGUUUCUGAGCUUCAAAGUAAAGUGGAAGAAGUAAAAUCAGAUUUGGCGGUUGCAAAAUCUACUCUCGCGAGAAAGGAAACAGAGCUUGAAAUGGUACAAAAUAAUCUAAAAGAGCUUGAGGAAUUGCGAGAAAUGAAAGAGGAUAUUGAUAGAAAGAAUGAGCAAACAGCUGCACUUUUGAAAAUGCAAGGGGCACAAUUAGCUGAAAUGGAAGCACUUUAUAAAGAGGAACAACUAUUGAGGAAAAGAUACUUCAACAUGAUGGAAGAUAUGAAAGGAAAAGUUAGGGUCUGUUGUAGAUUAAGGCCUCUCAGUGAAAAAGAAAUUGGCGCAAGGGAAAGAAACGCACUUACGAGUGUUGACGAGUUUACCGUUGAGCAUUUGUGGAAAGAUGAGAGGAAACAACAUAUGUAUGAUCAUGUCUUUGAUGGAAACUGUAGUCAGGAUGAUGUGUUUGAGGAUACCAAGUUUUUGGUACAAUCAGCGGUUGAUGGCUACAAUGUGUGCAUCUUUGCAUAUGGGCAAACUGGCUCUGGAAAGACAUUUACAAUUUUUGGGUCUGAUAGUAAUCCAGGAUUAACCCCAAGAGCUACCUCUGAACUUUUUAGAAUUAUGAGGCAAGAUAGCAACAAGUUCUCCUUUUCUUUGAAGGCAUACAUGGUAGAAUUGUAUCAAGAUACAUUGGUUGAUCUUCUCCUACCAAAGUCUUCAAAGCGUCUAAAGUUGGAUAUUAAAAAAGAUUCAAAGGGUAUGGUCGUUGUGGAGAAUGUCUCUCUUGUAUCUGUUUCAACAUACGAGGAUCUAAGAACUGUUAUCCAGAGAGGAUCAGAGCAGCGUCAUACAAGUGGGACUCUCAUGAAUGAACAGAGUUCCAGAUCCCACUUGAUACUUUCCAUUAUAAUUGAGAGUACAAAUCUUCAAACACAAGCUGUCGCCAGGGGAAAGUUAAGUUUUGUGGAUCUUGCGGGGUCUGAGAGAGUGAAGAAAUCAGGUUCUUCUGGCAGUCAACUGAAGGAAGCUCAAAGCAUUAAUAAGUCACUCUCAGCCCUUGGAGAUGUCAUCAGUGCAUUGGCUUCUGGUGUCCAACACAUCCCUUACCGAAACCACAAACUGACUAUGUUGAUGAGCGAUUCACUCGGUGGAAAUGCCAAAACACUAAUGUUUGUUAACGUUUCUCCAGCUGAAUCGAACUUGGAUGAGAGUUACAAUUCUUUGACAUAUGCAUCAAGGGUACGGUCUAUAAUCAAUGACCCGAGCAAGAAUGUUUCGUCAAAGGAAGUGGCACGUCUAAAGAAGCUAGUAGCUUAUUGGAAGGAGCAAGCUGGGCGAAAGGGGGAAGAUGACGAAUUGGAGGAGAUCCGCGAAGAGAGAUUUUCAAAGGAGAAUAAGAUUUCUGAUGGCCGCUUCUCCAUGUAAAAAAAUACUCCGUAUAUGCCAAGAAUACCCUUUAGCAGCUGAAAACCUUUCUCAUCACCAACUGUUUGUUGGGAAACAUGCAACUCAAUCACAUUAUUGAACACUUAGUGGAUUAACCAAACCAACCCCUUAUUUGUAAUUUAGCGGAUGAACCAAACCCUUGUUUGUAUUAAUUUUUGCACGGGCGGGUUGUUCUCCAGCAUUUUGUUGUUGUUGCAAGGCAGAUAUAUGGUUAGAUGUGAGAAUUGUAAUGAUGUAUGUAUAUAGGAAGCAGUUAUUAUUUAUUAUGUGUAUGAGAUUUGCAACCCAAUGUUUGGGUUAGUUAAUGAAAUAUUCCUAUUCUU